AUGAAUUCAGGCAUCACGGAGCAAGCGAAUGAGUGGUUGACGAGAGAAUGGGACGAGGAAGCGAAGCCGAUGCAGCUGUUACGACCGUCGCCGAAUCAUGAUCGGUUGGAAGUGGUUCAGUCCACUCUCGACGUGUUGGAGAGAAUACAGCAGCCCGUGGCUUUCGUGGCGGUCGUCGGCCCUUACCACGGGGGCAAGUCGUUUCUGCUGAACGUGUUGCUCAACUCCACACGCGGCUUCCCAGUGGGCACGCGCCCAGAUCCGGAAACCCUGGGCCUGUGGGUGCGCGUGGUACCCCCUAAGCGCCUGCAAGCACGUGACGGAGCGGUGGUGGUGCUGGUGGACUCGGAGGGGCUAUACGGGGACGUGGGGAACGGGGAUAAGGACGGAGCGGUGGUGGUGCUGGUGGACUCGGAGGGGCUGUAUGGGGAGGGAGCUUCAAGAGCAUACGACGCCAAGCUGUUUGCUGUGGCUACUCUCCUGUCGUCCUACCUCAUCUACAACACCCUGCGCACACUCGGUAAGGAGGUGCAUCAUGGCAACCAGCAUCUACAAGGGAGGGGCUGGAUGGGGGUUAUGGUUAUCGAUGGCAUGGCGGUACACGUGGUGUUGCCUGCUCUCCGCCUGCAAGCACAGGACAGAGCGGUGGUGGUGCUGGUGGACUUGGAGGGGCUGUAUGGGGAGGGCGCUUCAAUGGCGUAUGAUGCCAAGCUGUUCGCUGGCUACACUGCUGUCCGCUACCUAGCAGCACACGCUCGCACGGGUGACCAGUCCCUAGAAACCCUCUUCACACAGGGUAUAGCGUGCCUCACAGUGCGCACGCCCACGGAUAUCAACAGGCUUCGAGAGGAGGUGGGCGGGGCGGGGCUGGGCGCUGCUGACGUGGAGCUCAUGCCAGCGCUGCACCCGGGGUACCUUGCUGACGUGGCGGCGGUGCGGGGGCGCGUGAUUGGGGGGCUGGAGGCGAAGGGACCGGCUGGGCAGAAAUUCACAGGGGAGACUGUGGCGCGCCUGCUCCCCCUGCUCGUCCACUUCGUGAACAGUGACUUCCCACUAAACGCCGAGCGCCACAUACAACAAGUCAUGCUGGACUUGCUGCUGGACGGCGCCUUCGCCUCCGCCGUCCACUUCUUUCGUCUGCAUGCCGAUGCCGCCCUCGACCGAUUCACUCGAGCCACCCGCGCAGCUGCUUCGGCCAGCGCUGCUGCCACCACUGGUGCUGGUGCUGCUGUUGAUGGGAUUGGGUCGACUGCAGGCUCGGCUGCAUCUACUGGGGACAUGGGUGGGAGCGUUGAAGAGAGAAAUGAAUUUUCUGCUCCUCGCACUGGCGCUGAAUGGGAAUCGAGCAGCACUGCAUGGGACUUGAGCAGCACUGCAGAGCCUGCUACAGCCGUGGCAGGGGAUGGAGCUCACGCACCCACUGCUGCUGCACUGCCCUCCACGUCUCCGGCAUCUCGGCUGCUCUCAGCCACAUUCACAGUGGAGCGCAUGGAGCAAGUCCUUUCCAAGGCAGAGCAAGACGCGCAGCACUACUGCAUGGCGCGCGGUGUGGGCGUGCCUGCAGACCGCUCCGCCAUGACAUGUGGAGUCCGGCUGUUCGCCAAGCUCGACCACAUCAAGCCGCACUACAGGUCAAGCAACGAGCACAAUGUGCAUGUGGCGCUGGCUGCACUGGCAGACGAGUUGCAGCAGGCAGCACAUGCGGCUAUCGCUGCCAUUCCCCUCCCACAGAGAGAGCAACUGCUGGAGCAGCAGUGCCAGGCUGUUCACACGGCAGCUGUUGACAGGUUCACGGGCGCUCUGGGCGGCCACAGCAGCAGCCCCUUGGCUCCCGUGGUGCGCUCCCGCCUCGAUGCUGACGUGGCCAGCCACUGCUCCGCCGCCACGUCAGCAAACGAUCGGCUGAUCGCCGCCCUGCUGGGGAAGGGCAGGGUGGCGUACUACCGCGCGUACCAUGACACGUUCCGGGCGGCAUUUUUGUCCUAUGCUGCUGCCCAUGCUCAUGCUCACUCCCACACCUCUGAUGCCAACUCUGCUGAUGCUGCACCUGCUGCUUCUGAUGAUGCUUCUGCCACUGCCACCACCAGCAAGAACAGCCCAAACACCUUCCAUUCACCAACCGACGAUCCUCACAUCUUCUCCCACGCCCUCUUCGCCCUCCUCCCCUCCUCUACGCCCCCUCCCCCUCCUCGUUGGCUGCUCUCCCUCCACGCCAACGCCUCCCUCCUGGCUCAAGACGCCUUCUCUGCUGCAAUUGCCCAGGGGGGGCUAGCGUGGGUGGUGCCGGGGCACGAGAGGUUUGAUUUUUUUCUCUUCCAGGCGAUACAGUGGGGAAAGCAGCGCGAGAGGGAGGUAGGGGAGGAGAAUGCGCGGAGAGUGCGGGGGUACUGUGGGGAGAUGAGGGGGAGGCUGGUGAGGGAGUAUCGGAGGCGCGUGGGGGAGAUUCAACCACUGCCAGACAACGAGGAGGUGGUUGUGGCCAAGGCUCGCCAUCUCGCCGCACUGGUUCUGGCCAAUUACAGCGCGGCAGUGCAGCCAUACCUGCCAUUAGCUUCGGUGGAGGAGGUUCGGGCACAGCUGCAGGCUCGGGUGGAGGAGGCUCGGCAGCGCCUGGUGGAUCGGAACACGGAGCUCAUGGCAGCGCUGUGCUUCGAACCUCUCCGGGACGCUCGGGAUGAACUUAACAUGCAGGAGUGUGACAAGACCUACCACAACAUAUUCAUCUCAAAGUCCUGGUGGUCCCUCAAGUGCCUCAGGCCUGGCCCGAGCCUCUUCUUCGGCUUCCGAGCCUCCGCCUUCGCUGUGGCGCUCAAGCACCUAGCCAAGGCCCAGCUUCGGUUCAAAUCCGGAGCGCUCUCUACCACCCCCUCCUCUCCCCCUUCACCCACUGCUGCUACGGGUCACACUGCAAGGGACUCCCCCUCCCAAGGGGAGGCCUCCCAAGGGGAGUCCGUGACGGGCGCGUGGGUGUGGGACUCGUCGCUGGUGUUCGCGGCGUGGCUCGCGCACGGGAAGACGUGGCCGGAAGGGUCGAUUAAAGACCUAAGGGUGCUGGAGCUUGGCGCGGGUUUAGGAGUUGUCGGGCUCGCCGCGGCGGCUUUAGGAGCGCGCGUGCUGCUGACGGACGGCGAUUUGAGAGUGAUCAGCGGGAUCAGGCGGAAUAUCGCGGAAAACGCGCUCGAGGGGAGGGCUUUUGCGGCGCAGCUGGAAUGGCGGGAGGGCUUGCCGAGGCAGGUGCAUCCGGGGGAGGGGUUACGUAGGAAGGCGGAUUCAGGGGAGGAUGCGCAAUGGCGGACUUCUGGCGGUGCGGAAUUGGCGGAGGCGGAAGGGGUCGGCGGGCGGCAAGAAUGCGAGGAUACGGGUGCUUGCGGGGACGGGGGGAGCGGAGGGGUGAAAGAUGAGAGAGAGAGGGAUACCGGAAGAGCUGGUAGAGGGGGCGUUGGUGUUGGUGCUGCGUCGGCUGACACUGCAGGAGCAAUAAGAGCGUCAGUAAGAGCGUCAGCAAAGCAACCAGGAGCAGAAGCACCGGUAGAGGCAUCACAAGAAUCAAGAGCUUUGAAUGGGAAUGGAGGGGAAGGAAGAGUCGCCGCAUCUCAGCCGUUGGAUGUCGAGGAGUUCGUGAAGGAUCUAGAUCUGAUCGUUGGAUCGGACAUUACGUACGACGUAGAUCUGAUGCCCGCCCUCUGCCGGACGAUCAAGCAGCUGGCGGGCCCUCGCACUCGGAUAUUCAUAGCAGUGGAGCUGCGGCCAGCAACGCCCAAGUGUUUUCACGCCAUGGCAGCGCAGGGCCUCACGUGGAGGGUUGUGGAGCAGAGCGAGCUGGACCCCCGGUGGUGCAGCGACGACAUCAAGAUCUUCCAGCUCUUCUCGUGA